AGGAAGGCGGCGUCCUUGGAAAGGAUGGAGUCAUGGGGGACAAGAAGGCCAAGGGGCAGAAAGCCAGUGCACCGUGUUGGGACCAGGAUCCGCGGCUCACAGCUUCCACCCCCCACCCCCACCCCCCGACUCUGGAUCCGGUUCUGCUCCCAGCCUGCAGACGCCCAUGUUGCUGCUCAGUCUCCUCUGGCUCCUCAGAGCCUCCCCUGGGGAAGCAGGGAUGAUCGGUUGAGUGCCACCUCUAUCACCACCCCAAAUAUGCCUGGCUCUAUCAGUGUCCCCUCAAGCCUGAAACCAAGCAAAAGUUUUGAAACUACCACAACUUCAAGCAAGGUGACACAGCCUAUUCUGCCGGUCACAAAGACACCAGAGACGUCGGUGGCCACCAUGAAGUCUCCUACCACCCUUACAUCACCACGAUCAAGAUCAACUUCAGCCUCUACUCUGAUGACCACUCCAGCGAGCUUGACCACAACCCCAGGUGUUUGCGACAAUGGUGGCACCUGGGAGCAGGGCCAGUGCAUUUGCCCUCCUGGUUUCUCUGGAGACCACUGUCAAGAUCUGGAUAACAGAUGCCAGAAUGGGGGUUCAUGGGACGGCAUCAGGUGUGUCUGCCCCAGCACCUUCUAUGGGUCCUUCUGUGAGUUUCCAGUGGAGCAGUUAGACAUAGACACAGUGGAGACUGAAGUGGGCAUGGAGGUAUCUGUGGAGCAGGAAUUCUCUCCAGACCUUGAAGACAACACUUCCAAGGCUUACAAAGACUUCAGCAGUGCCUUCCAGCGUCAGAUGCAGAAGAUUUACCAGGCUGUUCAAGGCUUCCAAGGUGUGGAAAUCCUGUCCUUGAGGAAGGGCAGCAUUGUGGUAGACUACCAGGUCCUGCUGAGGCUGUCCUUCAGCCCCCAGCUGAAGAGUGACUUUGAGAAGGUGAAGACAGUGCUGAAGGAGGAGCUUCAGAGUGCCAGUCAAGAUGGAGACAGCUGUCAGGACAACCAGGCGCUGUGUUUUAAGUCUGACUCCAUCAAGGUGAACAAUCGCACUGAGAAAGAUCUGACUCCAGAAGCCAUUUGUCAUCGAACUGCUCCCAAGGGUUUUGAGGAACACUACUUUCCUUUGGUGGAGCUGAGCAGGCUCCGCUGUGUCACCAAUUGCACACCUGGAGUGAAUGGCACCAUCGACUGCAAUCAGGGACAGUGUUUUCUGCAGAAGAGUGGUCCAACCUGCCGCUGCUUUUCCACAGACACUUACUGGGUCUCAGGCCCACGCUGUGAGUUGGCCGUUGACUGGAGGGUGUUGGUUGGAGGCCUGGUGGGGGCUGUCACUGUGCUGCUGCUGUUAUUGGUGGCCUUAAGUGUCUGGGUGGUACGUUCCCGGGGAAGACACAAGGACCACCAAUCCUCGGGCAGGUCCUGGACCCAGGACAGGAAAUGGUUUGAGAUCUGGGAUGAAGACAUCGCGGGAACUUUUUCUAACAUGGGCUUCCAGGAUGCCCCGACAGCCACUAAUGAAAACUUCCAUGUUGCCUUGGAGAAGGUGGAUACCAACAUGAUGGUUCACAUCCAAAGACCUGAGGUAGCCUCAUCACCAGCACCAUCAUCACCAUCAUCACCAUCAUCAUCAUCAUCAUCAUCAUCCUGAGCCCUUGCAGGGUCUCUUCUGUGUUCCUCCACUCUGCCCGGGGCUGUACGAUUGAGCCCAUUGUGCAAGAACUGAUUCAAGUACCCACACGGCCCAGGCUCCCAGUAUUCUUGGUGGGAGGGGUUCCUGUUUCCUUGACCUCCCGUCCUUCUCUUUGUUUGACGGAAACCCACUUGGAGAACAUGCAUCUCUGCUCUUCACUCCAGUAUGGUGGGCAAGGCCGGCUCAGUCUCUUGCCUCAGUCUCCUCAGCUGUGAAAUGGGUGUGAUGCACUUGUACCAUGACUCUAAAACUUAGCGCAAUUACUUCACGUCUUUGGUUGAUUUUUUUUUUUUUUUUUUUUUUGCGGGUAGCAGGGCUUAUGCAUUCUCCUGUUGCUUUUCUCAGAUUCUCUCUCCCUCCUGACUCUACCACCUUCCAGUGUCAGGUCUCCGUUGUUCCUUUGAGACAGAGUUUAAUGCGGUUCUGGGGAUCGAAACUAGGAUUAUGUGUAUGCUAGGCAAGAGCUCUACCCAUUGAGCCACACCCCCCAGUCAUUGGCUCUUACUUUUGGAUUUGCGCUCUAUCGCCAUCCUGGCGAGGCUUACCCUUCAUCUUGCAUGUUUACAUAGCCUGACAUUGUUCCUGGGGGCAGCAUGAAGGAAGUCACACCUCCAUCUCUCUCCUCAUAGCUCCUUGCUGUGUGGCCCCUGCUCUCACGCCCCAAAGCUCCUCGAGUUGAUUCUUGUGCCAGUCUCCUCCCUUAGCCCUAUUGCUCUCCCAGUUGACAGGCUGGUCUUGAACUCUCUGACCAGGACCUUGAUUCCUUGCUCCUCUAUCCUGGCACCUACAAACCUGCUCCCUCUUCCAUCCCAGCAGCUAUCCCCAAAUCCUACCUUGUUCCCACACCUCCCUGUUCCUAGGGGUCCUCGUACAGCCAGGGUGCCAUGGGGUCCCCAGUUAAUGCUUUCCAAGACCCUACUUCUGUACCCUGAGGCUCCAACCUCUUCUUUCCACCCUUGACGAUUGCGAAUCCCAGGCAGGGAUUUGCCGACGAGGGGACACGACCCGUCUCCUUAUUUCCUCUCCCCCACCUCCCCCAGUCUUUACCUCCUCUUCCACGUUGAUGUCUUUUCCUUUGUUUCCAUCACUCAGAAACUGAUGUGACCUCUGAGCUUGGAACCCUCAGUUCCCUUUACCAGGACAGUUCUGGGGACAGGAAGUCAGCGAGUGUCUAGUUCCCCAUAUAUAUCCAAUAAAUACUUUGGCUGU